CCGGUACGUUGACCUUUAACCCGGCUUAUUUCCCCGGAAACAGAUGUUCUGUUGUAGAUUUGCUGUCUAGUAACCUGAAAAUAUCUCAUUUUCGUCGAUUUUAGACUCCUUUCCUCGUUUUUUAGGGAUUCAAAAUAUUUCUAUGUACACCUGGAAGGACCGACAGAGAAGGAAACAUUUGACGUGGUGAGUUUGCAUCGAAAAGUGGCGCUGUCUUAGAUUUUCCAGUCAUGUCACGGAGGAACAAUAAGCCAACCAAGGGCCAUCCCUCCAAGCACGAGCAGGAACGGAAGAGAGACGAGCGAGCGACGAAGGCAGCGUAUCGGCGGGAGAGGAAGGCGAAGUCGUACCUUGAAGACGAUGAGAAUUUCGCGGGGUUUGCCAAUCAGCUGGCUGUGAUGGGACUAAAGAUACGGGACAUCCCUGGAGAUGGGAACUGUUUGUUCCGAGCAUUAAACGAUCAGCUGGAGGGUCACAGUAACAACCACCUGCAGCACAGGAGAGAAGUGGUGGAGUACAUCAUACAGCACAGGCAGGACUUUGAACCUUUUGUAGAGGAUGACGUCCCAUUCGACAGACAUGUUUCAGAGUUAAGAAAACAUGGCACUUAUGCUGGAAAUGAUGCCAUUGUUGCUUUUGCCAGACUCCAUGGUGUCAAUGUAGUCAUCCACCAGUUAAACAAGCCCCUGUUCCAUGUUAAGGGAAGUGACCGAAGGGAUGCCCCGGAGCUGCAUAUAUCAUACCACAACGGUGACCACUACUGUAGCGUUAGGAGAAUAGCGGAUAAUUCCGACAGACCAGCAAAUGUCAAAAUUGCACCAGGGGCAGGAGAAGAAAGGGGAAGGCACAAACAGAACGAUCUGCAGACCAACAGGCAUAACUACCACACGGACUAUCCCAUUAUCAGUGAUUACGGGGGUGAUUUCACAGCUGAGGAACUGUCCUACCUGAGUGAAGACAGAACAGACAUGGAGGAGUUUGUUAUGAACAGCACAGGCUGUCAGGACUUGCGGCUGAUUCGUGAAACUCUAGAAGACCAUCAUUACGACUUGGAGAGCACAGUAGACUUCAUCACACAGAUCAUGUUCCUCAACAUAGGUGAAAAUGCUCCUGAUAUGCCAAAGAAGAUCGCUAGGAGUCCUUCCUCAGACUAUAACAUCAACCAGAGGACAGCAAAUUCCCACCUCUGGUCGGAGGAUGGUACAGCAAACAGGGUCUUUGGUGGUACCGGGACUGUCAGAAGUACCAGCAGUCACUCCAGCAGUGGUGGAAGCGACAGUAGUAGGGGGGCAGGGGGAGGGGCGAGGGCUAAGGUACACACACAACAGAAACAAGCUCAAACCAAGCUACGGAGGGGCCAGGCGAGAUUGGAGAAGAAAAAACGGCAAGAAGAGAGACACAGGCAGAGAGUGGUCGGUAACAAACAGCAGGAAGAACAAAAUGAUGAUGAUGCCAAGACAGUUCUUGUUAAAGACAUGAGCUUACUCAGCAUAUAAUAAAGCCAUCCAGAAACAAUGUACUGUAGGUGUAAUAGGACUGGUGUUUGGGUGACCUCUACAUCUGCUUUGUAUGCUGCAAAGGAACAGUUCCAUGUAAGUCUGCAAGUACUUAAGAUUUCAAAAUAUAUUUUCAUUGUCUGCUGGACGUCCUAGAUGACAAGGCCAUGGUACUAACAGCACGGGUAAACUCUCUCCUUAGACCCUGUGAGAAUUUGGUCAUGUGCCACCGACUGUGCCCACUCUCGGACUUGCCUCAGCUUAUCUCUAGAUGGUAACAUCGUGCAGUUUUCACCAGUAUCUUUAUGAGAAAUUAAACGACACUUUGACAUAAAUUGCUUCCGCGUACUACUUUGGAAAUUUAAUCUAUGUUGUCGUAAAUUGCAUAAGAGCAAAUUCUCACAGGAAUCUGCCCGUGAACAGCUAUGUGCCGCCCUUACAAACUAAGUAUAGCCAUGUUGCAAGGAGUGUUUACAGUACUUUGAACAAUACACAUGACAGCUUUUUCAUAUUUUAUGACUUCUCACAUUAAUGACGUCAACACUGAUCGAUUUCAUGUAAAUAUUCAACUUUUGUGCAUCCAUUUUGUCUUUAAAAAAAUAAUACUCUUCUGUCAUGCAUGUCUGGUAAAAAGGUAACAAAAUUACAAAUGUAAAAACUUCUCACGUUAGUUUGAAAGUUACAUCUGUGCGAGUAUCUACUUUCACUUUAAGAAUGUUGGCAUGACAAUCAUUAAUGUGGAUAAAAAUGUAUCAUAUUGAGAAGGAUUUUCUAUUCCAACAGUUGUCAUAUUUAUUGUUAUUUGAUAAGGACUACGAAUGGUGGGUGCCUGUAUAGGUUCACAUCUUUGGUGAGUGUAAGAUCGUUAGCUACAUGUACAUGUGAACACUGUCAUGAGUUGCUUUUUUUAUCACUGCAUGUAAUAUAACAUGUGCAUGAAAAAUGAAGUUAGAUGCUGUCUGCUAAAUGCAUGGAUAAUCUGUUUUAUCUCCAAGCAGAUUUACCAAUGGCAUACGGCAGUAUCAAAAGGGCCAAGGCAGGCUUGUUUAAAACUAGCCACUUUUUGGACACUGCUUUGGCACUUGUCAUACUAAUAACGCCUCUGGUAAAUCUCCUUGGAGAUUAGUUUUGUUG